AACCUGGGUUCCUGGCACUGUGAGGCAGCAAUGCUAACCACUGAGCUGCUGUAAUUGCUCACUUAAUGUUUACGCACAAUACUGUUAGCAUCAAAUGUCUGUCAAUUAUGGACAUUUAGAAUGAAAAGUGUUUGGAAUUUGUCAGUUCUAUAUGGGCUGUUUCACGUGAGGUGCUACCCCAUCCUGGGAGGGGAAAAACUGAAGUGGUCCACUUUACUUCUGUGGAACUAAAGCAGGAUAUUUUUCAAAGUAGAAACAUGUGAAGUCCUUUUAUUGCCAACUUUUUAUUUAUUGAUGGACCUGAAGCAGAGUUCUUUUUGCUUGGGUCAUUUUUUUUUUUGGAGAAUGGGCCAGACUGAGGUCAGCAGCAUAGCAGUGGUGCCCUUGACUUUUUAGAGAUUAGCAGCCUACUCUGAAUUUGCUCUCUUUCAUGUGGGUUUCCUCAUUCCUGAUGGGAAUUUAAAUCUGCUGUCAUGCCAAGGGGAUUACCAGGCAUCCCAUGCAAGCAUAUCAGCUAGCAGUGGACUUUGCAUUGAAGAUUAUACAGUGGUCUGACUCGGAGACUGUUCGACUCCAGCUUUGGGAUAUUGCUGGCCAAGAGCGCUUCACCUCCAUGACCAGACUAUAUUACAGAGAUGCUGGAGCAUGCAUUGUUAUGUUUGAUGUGACAAAUACAGCAACCUUCCGGAAUUGCCUCAAAUGGAAGCAUGAUUUAGAUAGCAAAGUUGCUUUGGUGGAUGGAAGCCCUGUGCCAUGUAUUCUUUUGGCAAACAAGUGUGAUCUGUCAGAAUGGGCAAUCAGCAGAAGUGAGAUUGAUCUCUUCAGUAAAGAAAACCAUUUUGUUGGUUGGGUUGAAACUUCAGUGAAAGAAAACAAGAAUAUUGCUCAAGCCAUGAGAGUAUUAGUGGAGCACUUGAUGUCAAAGCCUAGUUUGGGACCUCUAAACCAAAACCAAGGGGAUUACAUUCAAUUGAAAGAUAUGUCAAAAAGUGAACGUCAUUGGAAUUCGGCAUGCUGUUAAAAAAUCAGAAUGCACUACUGAUGUGAACUUUGUAUGAUCUCCAUGUCUUAUAAUGAAUUAAGUUAAUUAGUUUUUUUCACCAGACAAAUUCUGGAGGAGUUCUGAACAUUAGACUAUUAUGAUUCUCAUCCAUCCACAGUGAGCAUAGGAUUGCCUUCCAGGUCUUCUGCCAAAUGACACUUUCUAGAAACUUUUAGCCUCAAAUUACACUGAAGUUGAACACAAUAUUAUGCUUUUUAGUGUCCAGAAAUCUCCAGACUGUAACUUAAUUAUGUAGAAAUAGUGACAUUUGGGAAAUCUUUGAUCACCUGUAACACUUUCUGUAAUUUGCUAGUAAAUGAUUGCUGUAAAAGAGCUUUAUGAAUUAGUUCUGAAUAAUUAAACAUUUUUAUGGUAGCUUUAAGGCUGACUUUUUUUCUCUUUUGGAUGAUGAAAUAUGAAUUUCCAGAUUAUAAAUCAUGGAUUGGCUUUGAGCACAAAUUCCAUUUAAAAUGAUGUAUACCUGAUUUAUGGGUUUUAUUUGUUUUUGGGAUGAGAAUGUAUGUAUCAAACUUGUUAAUCUACAAUCUGUGGAAUACCAGGUAGAACUGAUAUUACAGUGGUAUUAUGCAUGCAUUACACAGUACUUCCUUCACAGUGUACAAUCUGAAUAGUGUGCCAACAGCUAAAAGGAAACAUCAUGCGCGUGAUACUCCUUUUUUAAAUAGUAAAUUCCCAGCACUGCUAUUUGUCACCUCCUUUCUAUCUAAUGACUAAGUAAAACCCAGUUUUUGGAUACAAUUUAAGUUGAACUGCUUGCACUCUCGGAACUCUUCUUUCACUAGGUAUAUACUGUAUAAUGCAACCUGUGAUUCCAAUGGAUUAUCUCAGGACUAUAAUUCGAUGACUGACUUUGGUGAAAUGUUUCAACCUUGCAGUGUGUUCUGUCAACUUUUAACCUCACUGCAUGCUUAUAUUGGUGACUAAGAAUGUAAUCCUUUGACUUCCUCAUUCUGGUGCCAUUAUAAAUUACUCAUCAAGUGAAUUUCAUGUUGUCAUGCACUUGUACAGUUGUGGUUUUUGCAUCCUUUUUAUGUAAAAUAGAUGUAAUAUAUAUGCAAUAAAGAAUUUAUUCUUUUUAUUAAAA